AUGGAUGACAGGAUCAAUAGGCAACCUGUACACCAAUCAGAGACACUUGACUUCCAAAGCUGCAUUGAGGACAUUAAAGUAGGGCAGAUAACCAAAAGAGGCAACAGAUUCUCUUGGAGUAACAAGAGAGAUGCUGAGGACAAAAUUUACAGCCAUAUUGACUGGGCAUUUGGCAAUGAUGAAUGGUUCAAAUCCUAUACUGAUGUGGAAGCAAUGUACAUGUUGCCCGGAUGCUCAGAUCAUUCUCUCAUACUGCUAGACACAGAAGUUGUAAAGACCAGGGUAAAUAGGCCAUACAGAAUGCUAAAUUCAGUCAUGAACCAUCAAGAAUACAAGACAGCAGUCCAUACAGUCUGGAACCAACAGAUUCAAGGUUGUGCUAUGUACUCUAUAUGGAGCAAACUGAAACAGGUCCAACAAGCCACUAGACACAUUCACCAGGAACACUCAUCUGCUGAAAAAAAACUGCAAAAAUUCAGAGAGGAACUGGCUGAAACACAAGACAAAUUGAAUGAAGACCAUUUCAACAGACAGGAGAUUCACAGAGAAAAACAACUCUUACAAAACAUUGAGAAAUGGGAAAAAAUUCAAGAACAGGUUAUAAGACAGAGAUCAAGAGCAAACUGGAUCCAACUGGGGGAUAGUAAUACAAAAUACUUCCAUGCAUACAUGAAAUCGAGACAAGCAAGGAAUAAAGUCAGCUAUAUUCUAACAGAGAACCAACAGAAACUUACUGAUCCAAAACAGAUUCAGCAAGAAUUCAUGCAAUUCUUUCAAAACCUAUUGGGGACAGCAGCAUAG